AGGCUCGGUAGGAUCAAGUCAUGUAAUGUUCGCACAUGGUACAUGUACUGACAUCAUCCCGAUAAGUCCAUCUGCCGCCGCCCACCGCAUGCGAUAACAGAAUCAUUCCAAUCGCAGUUUAGCGCGUCGGCGAGGGGCGGCGAGCGGUCAAUUUUUCGAUGCUGUAUUACGACUCUACACGUCUUCUCAACAAGCCAAUCCAAUCUUCACAUAAAACGAACCAUGGGCAAACGCAAGAGCCUCAAGGAUGCCGACAAUGAUGUCUCCAUGUCCGGUCAGCACGGCGACGACGACAGCGGUAGCGACUCAGACACAGAUCUCGUAAACGUCGAAUUCGAAUGGUUCGAUCCCCAGCCCGAUGUUGACUUCCACGGCCUCAAGACCCUGCUGCGCCAGCUCCUCGACACAGAUGCGCAAUUGUUCGAUAUGUCUGCGCUCGCUGACCUCAUCCUCGCUCAGCCGCUGCUCGGGUCAACGGUGAAGGUGGAUGGGAAGGAGACGGACCCGUAUGCGUUUUUGUCGGUUAUUAAUCUGAAAGAACACAAGGACAAACAAGUAAUCCAAGACUUGAUAAAAUACCUCUCGCAAAAAUCAUCCUCCACGCCCGCUCUCUCUGCGCUUUCGCAGCUGCUGUCGAAAUCUGAUACCCCGGCCAUCGGCCUCAUUCUCACAGACCGCCUGAUCAACAUCCCCGUCCAAGUCAUCCCGCCCAUGUACACGAUGCUGCUUGAGGAAAUCGCCUGGGCAAUAGAAGACAAGGAGCCGUAUACCUUCACGCACUAUCUGAUCCUGUCCAAGACCUACGAUGAGGUCGAAUCGAAACUCGAUGCGGAGGAAUCCCGGCCGCAGAAGAAAAAGAAGAAGACGGCUGCUACGGGCGGGAAAUUGGAUACCAUGUUUUACUUUCAUCCGGAAGAUGAGGUGUUGGAAAAAUAUAGCUUGUGUCAUGCCACAUUUGAAUAUACGAAUAAACAAGCCGAAGGCGCGGCAGAUUCGAAGAGGGCGUUCCAGGAGUUAGGCAUCAAGCCUGCGGGCAGUCUGAUGUUGAUUGAGGCCGGCAAGUUUGAAGAGGCUGUCAAAGCGAUUACGGAAUACGUGAAUGCGCCAAUAUAGAUACCACGAAGAUAUUGAUU